AUGGAUCCCGGGGCGUCCUCUCCAGAGAAGCUGGAUAAAGAGAAUUUAGUGGGCAUCAAGAGUAAAGGGCUUGGUGUAUGUGGCUGGAUCCUGCUUUUCCUUUCUUUCCUGCUGAUGGUCAUUACCUUCCCGAUCUCCAUAUGGAUGUGCUUGAAGAUCGUUAAGGAGUACGAACGCGCUGUUGUAUUCCGACUGGGACGCAUCCAAGCUGACAAAGCCAAGGGACCAGGUCUGAUUCUGAUCUUGCCCUGCAUAGAUGUGUUUGUCAAAGUUGAUCUUCGGACCGUUACUUGCAACAUUCCUCCCCAGGAGAUCCUCACCAGAGACUCUGUGACCACUCAGGUGGAUGGAGUGGUCUAUUACAGGAUCUAUAGCGCCGUCUCAGCAGUGGCUAAUGUCAAUGAUGUCCACCAAGCCACAUUUCUGCUGGCUCAGACCACUCUGAGAAAUGUCUUAGGGACACAGACCUUGUCCCAGAUCCUAGCUGGCCGAGAAGAGAUUGCCCAUAGCAUCCAGACCUUACUUGAUGACGCCACCGAGCUGUGGGGGAUCCGGGUGGCCCGGGUGGAAAUCAAAGAUGUCCGGAUUCCCGUGCAGUUGCAGAGGUCCAUGGCUGCUGAGGCCGAGGCCACCCGGGAAGCCAGGGCCAAGGUCCUUGCAGCGGAAGGAGAAAUGAAUGCUUCUAAAGCUCUGAAGUCCGCCUCCAUGGUGCUGGCUGAGUCCCCGGCAGCCCUCCAGCUGCGUUACCUGCAGACCUUAGCCACCGUGGCCACAGAGAAGAAUUCCACCAUUGUGUUUCCUCUGCCCAUAAAUAUGCUAGAGGGCAUUGGUGGCAUCACCUACGACAACCACACGAAGGUCCCCAACAGAGCCUGA